UGGUUGGCAUAAUAAUAAACCCAGCAUAAAUAAGAAUUUUUUUUUACAAAUAAUUUUUAAUAUUUAACACACAUGAAUGCCGUUAUUUCAUUGUGUCAUUUUUGUGAGGCUCACGGUCCUUCGGCUAUUUUUAGUACACAAACCCUUAGAGACACAAAGUUGGAUGAACUAUAUUCAGCGGCAGCUUUGCAAACCUCGAAUAGUGUAGCAGGCAAACAAUGUGCUGCCUGUAACUCAAUCGGACAAACAAACGGACUGUAUAGCAAAGAUAAUGAAAGUGGAGCAACUUUUCUAAGUACUCAACAGUCGGCGCUGCCAGAAGUGGCAACGUUGGUAAAACAGGCAGCAGUGCGUAGUUUAAGUUGCGAAAUAAAUCACAACAAAGAUGGUGGUUUUGUAUUUUUCGGAGACACUUCAAGGGGUCAUGUUUUAAGUCACACAUUUCAUGUUAGUGAUUUGCAGGCUCGAGGUUUUUAUCAAUUAUUUUCCAUAAUAAUUCUUAUGAAAGAUAAAUACUUUUUACUUAAUACCAAGCCGUUCUUAGCAGAACAUUUACGUAAAAUAUCGUCGGAGUUGCAGAAUGGAGCGAAACGCAUCAGAGAUGAAGAGGAAUUGAAGGGUUCUACGCGCCAAAGAAGGCUAUCCGGUUCACAGCCUUUAGUACAAACGCCCAGGUCACUAAUAGAACUAACAGGAGAAGAAAACGUAUUUGCCAUUUUGCACUCACAUUUCUCUUGGCUUUUGUUGGCUGGAUCAAGAUUCUUAACAGAACAUGUAACAUUUGGUAAUCUUCCUUGGCUGCCGCCGCAAAGUAGCAGUCAUCCACCGCAACAAAGACUCACAUAUAACAUAACUACACUGCCAAUGAUACAGAAAUACGAGACACUUGAUGAUGCAGAAGAAUUUUAUUCUCUAAGGUAUAUCAAACAGGUGGUUAGAAAGGCAGAGUUUGCAUCCAUAUGCUAUUGUGCUUUAACCGGUAUUAAGAUUAUUGUACGUGGAGAUCCAGCACGUACUUUUCAUUUUAUGAUGUGUCUUAAGAAGCUUUUGCCCGAACAAAUGCACACUCUUAUAAGGGUAGAUGCACAGCAUCAACAUUCCAUUAGUGCUGAUUAUAAAAUUAUCUCAAUAUCGAAUGAAAUCGCCGUACCCAUGGCUAGUUCAUCUGUUUUUCGAAUAGAUUUUUUGGAAGAAUCUCUGGGUAACAACGUUUGCAUAAAAUGGCCAGGAUCAGUACCAACAAAACUGCCCGAUUUAUUGGUGAAAUUGUUAAAAGCUGUUGAUGAAACUCGCUUCACAGAGUUGGUUUUAAAUCGACAUACCAAAGUCUUGGUAGAGGAAUGGAAAAACAAAGUAAUAUGUCUAAAUCAUGCCAAAUCAACCAAUGGACAGGCCAAAUUAAAGCGAGUAUUAGGUGUCCAGCCUCAGGAUCAACCAUUACUAAACUAUUGGAGUGCACACUUGCACUAGAUUUAUUUCUUUAAUACAACAAAAACACUUUUUGUUUAUAUAAAAAAUGUUUAUAAUAAAUAAUAAAAAACACAUGAGUAUUAUUUAAAAAUGCUCCUUCAACCAAGACUCGCUGGUUUGUGGGAACAAUCAUGUAAA